GGCAACCUUAGAUGCAGUUCGAGUGGCUCUAAUUUUGAUACAAAUGAAUUUGUGGAAGAAUGUACAGGUGGCGUUAGAUGUUAAAUGUUAACACUUUGGUGGACUGUCUGAAUGAUAAAAGGUGUCCGGUACCUGAAGCUUUAAUCAUAGUUGAAGAUAUUUUCGUUUUAGAAUUUUUUUUCUUGCUUGUAAUUAUUCUUUUGGUCAUAGAUGUUGUAAUAGAACUUCUUUUAGAUUAGGAGAAUUCAUUUUGGAGGGAAAUGUCCCUUGGAGCUGGAAGGAAAACUUCCCCUUUUGGCUACUAGAGGUAGCAUGUACAGACACAAGAUCAUUUGAUCCUAUUUUGGCAUUGAUGUCAAUAUAACUCUGCUGAUUACUGGUAAAAAAAAAAAACAAGGAAAAAGAAAAGAAGAAUAAAAAAAAACUGUUAAACAAUUUGUGGGUUUUUACUAUAAAAAAAAAAGAAGCAAAGCUUUACUGAAGUUGUUGUACUCUGUAAUAGAUUUUUAUUUUCUUUUUAUGCAAGACAAACAGGCCCUUAGAAAAACUGAAGAAGGUUCAGUGAGACUCUCAUCUCUGAAGGCCCCCAAAACUAAGAAGAAGCCGGCGGUAGGGUUUUCCAUUCUGAAUUACAAUCAGGUUCGAUUUACCCUUUUAAUCAUCUACUUCUCCAAAAUUCUUCUCCCAUCCAUCAAAUUUCCCAAAUCACGCCUUUUUCUCCUUUUUUUUAAUAUUUUUUUUUAAGAAUUAAUUCACUAUUUAACUUGUUGCCAAAGAAAAAGUUCGGUUUAUUUUUACAAAUUAUAUAAAAACGAGACGGGGAUUCGAUAUCCUUGCUUCCAUUUGGUUUCUAUCUAAGCUUUAGAAUUUCUACAGCGGUGUCUUCAAAACCCAGGUUUUUAACUUCGCAAAAUCUCGUUAGGGUUUUUUCUUUUUGUCAGUUCCAGAUAUCGUCUGGGGCUAUUUUGCAUCUGUUUGAUUUGAUUGUUUUAGUUUUGUGGGAUUAAACUUGACUGUAUUAGAACUGAAUCUCCCGAUUGGAAUAGGAUUAUGAAAUUCAUGGGGUGCCGCUUUUUAUUAUUGUCAUAUUAUAUCUCCGACUGAUUUCUCUCUGCUCUCUGUUUCAGUGCUAUUCACAAUGACUAAGGAUGUUGAGAUGCAGGAGCAACCAGCUCCCUCGAAUUCCGUUACCUCCGCCGGCCCAUCCACUUUACAACGUUUGUGUUUUUGCCCAACUUUACUAGUCCAUUUACUUUGUUAGGGUUUGGUGUGUAUUGUUUAAUUGGGCGUUUAUGUCUCUUUCAGAUUUAAAGGAGAUUGCUUCUUUGAUUGAGACUGGUGCAUAUGAUCGGGAGGUUAGAAGAAUUGGCCGAGCUGUUCGUCUCACUAUUGCUCUGAGGAAGAAGUUGAAGGGAUCCGUGGUUUCUGCUUUCUUAAACUUUGCACUUCCUCCUGGAUCUGAGGUGCAUUCCAGGUUGUCCUCAUACAUCCCUCAGGAUGAUGAGCAGGAUAUGGAAGUUGACACUGCUACAUCUGUGGUGCAAACUCCUGCAAAACAUCCUUUGCCCGAACUUGAGAUUUACUGCUAUUUGCUUGUUCUCAUUUUUCUUAUCGAUCAAAAGAGAUACCAAGAGGCUAAAGCAUGUUCCUCAGCUGGCAUUGCUCGCUUGAAGAGCCUUAACAAGCGAACUCUUGAUGUUUUGUCAUCCAGGCUAUACAACUACUACUCUCUCAGCUAUGAGUACACUGAUGAUCUUGCUGAAAUUCGAGGAGAGUUGCUUAGUCUACAUAGGAUUGCCACCCUUCGCCAUGAUGAAUUGGGUCAGGAAACAUUACUCAACCUGUUGCUUCGUAAUUACCUGCAUUACAAUUUAUAUGACCAAGCGGAGAAGCUGAGGUCCAAGGCACCGCGAUUUGAAGCUCAUUCAAAUCAGCAGUUUUGCCGAUACUUGUUCUACCUUGGAAAGAUCAGGACUAUUCAGUUGGAGUAUACUGAUGCUAAAGAAUCAUUGUUGCAAGCUGCAAGAAAAGCUCCUGUUGCUGCUCUUGGUUUUCGGAUUCAGUGUACUAAAUGGGCCGUGAUUGUCCGUCUACUGCUUGGAGAGAUACCUGAGCGGACUGUUUUUAUGCAAAAGGGGAUGGAAAAGGCUUUGAGACCUUACUUUGAACUUACAAAUGCUGUCAGGAUUGGAGACUUGGAACUCUUCAGGUCAGUUGCUGAGAAGUUCUCUAGCACAUUCAGCUCAGACCGAACAAACAAUCUGAUAGUAAGGCUUCGGCAUAAUGUCAUUCGGACUGGUCUUCGAAACAUCAGCAUCUCAUAUUCAAGAAUUUCGCUGGCUGAUGUUGCUAGAAAGCUGAGACUGGAUUCACCAAACCCUGUUGCUGAUGCUGAGAGCAUUGUUGCCAAAGCAAUCAGAGACGGUGCAAUUGAUGCCACAUUAGAUCAUGCUAAUGGGUGGAUGGUUUCAAAGGAGACGGGCGACAUUUACUCCACCAACGAGCCUCAAGUUGCCUUCAACUCGAGGAUAGCAUUCUGUCUGAAUAUGCAUAAUGAUGCAGUUCGCGCUCUACGUUAUCCACCAAAUUCCCAUAAGGAGAAAGAGAGUGCUGAGAAGAGGAGAGAGAGACAACAGCAAGAACAAGAGCUUGCUAAGCAUAUAGCUGAAGAGGACGAUGAUGAGUUCUAAACAUCAUCGCAAGAUGCUUUUAAUGUUCUUCUGUUUUUUCAUGGAAUCCUUCUCUUAUGUCUUUGAUAUUAUGAUUUAUACGCUGAUGGAAUUUCUCGUCUUUAUUUUGUGACAAGCUUCUUGAAUCUCUUCUAAUGUGUUUACUCAGAAUCAUACUUUAAAUACAUUCUCAGCUAUAAAUUGUUGCGCUUUUUAAUGAUUUUCGCGUUCUUAAUUAGGCCACCGUUGUACUCGAGGACUUUUGUCUUGGUACCAUAUUUCUGUUGGGUUUAAAUGUUUUUGAUCGGUUG